ACCUAUCUCUCUGCACAGCCUACAGAUGUGGACGUGUGAGUGAGUGUGUGCGUGGAGCCUCCAGUAAACACAGCAGAGCUGCAGCAGAAAAACUCCACACAGCUCCAGCUCUGUGUGACUGAGAGGAGCUGCUUUUUUUGGAUGUUCAUAUCCUGGAUUGGAUUAUUGUUUCUCCCUGGAUACUUGUUACUUUCUAUUUUUGGUUGAUUAUUGAGACGACCUUCCCUGGACACAACAUGAGUCACGGUGCAGAUGCAUGAGCGAGAAAGGACCCAAAAGGACAACCACCUCUCCUUGUUUUGCUCUUUAGAGGAAAGGAGACCUUUGGUUAUCCGCUUCUGGACAAAAAGGGACCCGAUCCUUGGAUUAAUGUGUUUACAGGCUUGACAAGGAAGCAGAGGAUUCUGGGUUACCUGAAGACCUGGAGUACACUAAGUGAACAGGCCCUGGAUUGAGCCUGUGGCACUGGGGAUUGGCAUGGCUCAGACCAGCUUUGUGUCAACUCAUCAUGCCUGUCGGGCUUGAUUGUAGAAAGGAGCCUUUGCUACAGCUCAGCCCGUCCUGUGCACGGAUCACUAUACAACACAACAGAAAUCUAAUUUGCAGUUAUGGCUGUUGAGCUCGACAGUUCCUGCAGCCAUUAGGAUUUUUAAUAUCACCUGAGAGCGCUCGCUUUGUCAGGGAGAGGGGGAUGCUUUUUCUACAGGCUUAUCUGCCAUGGUAAAGGCAUUGAAAGCAUGAGCCUCUGACAACACAGAGGAGGUCAUCGUCCAAACAAGGAUCAGCUCAGCAAACACUGACCUGGUCAGGAUAUCACCAGAAACCCCUCGGACAAACUUUUCCUUUCAGAGAGGAUAAGAGUGAAAGCUUGAUUGGAUUUUUGGUGGCUGGAAAGGAUUUACCGCAUCGCUUAAAUCAGGGGCUCUUGAGUGAUUAGACUGCCAGGCAACGCAGCUUCAAGAUGGUGCGUCAGUGCGAGGCCUUUAUCCUCUUCCUCAUCAGGAUCGGGCUGCUGUUGGGUCUCGCUAACCCCCUGGUGACCUCUGCCUCGUGUCCCUCAGCCUGCCGCUGCGACGGGACCUUCAUCUACUGUAAUGACCGUGGCCUGACUUCCAUCCCUACUGGUCUACCCCUCGACGCUACGGUGCUUUUUCUGCAAAACAAUCGCAUCAAGAGCUCGGGCAUCCCGACAGAGCUCCGCAGGCUGGUGAAUGUGGAGAAGAUUUACCUUUACUGCAACAACCUGGACGAGUUCCCCACUAAUCUACCACUUGGCCUCAAAGAGCUACAUCUUCAGGAGAACAACAUCCGGAUGAUUACCCAUUCUUCCUUAGCCCAAAUCCCCUACAUCGAAGAGCUGCACCUGGAUGAUAACUCUGUAUCAGCCGUCAGCAUCGAGGAGGGCGCCUUCAGGGACAGUAACCACCUCAGACUGCUUUUUCUCUCAAGAAACCACCUCAGCACCAUCCCUUCAGGCCUCCCCAUGAGCAUUGAGGAGCUGCGCUUUGAUGACAACCGCAUCUCCUCCAUCUCAGAGCAGUCGCUGCAAGAUCUCAUCAACCUGAAGAGACUAAUCCUUGAUGGAAACCUGCUCAACAACCGUGGGAUUGGGGAGAUGGCUUUCAUCAACUUGAUCAACCUGACUGAGCUCUCUCUGGUGAGAAACUCCUUAACAUCGCCGCCGGCCAACUUGCCAGGCACCAGUUUGGAGAAGCUGCAGCUACAAGAUAAUCACAUUAAUCGGGUCCCCCCUGGGGCGUUUGCCUUCCUGAGGCAGCUGUAUCGCCUGGACCUGUCUGGCAACAACCUGAGCAGCCUCCCUAUGGGUGUGUUUGAGGAUCUGGACAAUCUAACACAGCUCCUGCUGAGAAACAACCCCUGGCAAUGCACGUGCAAGAUGAAAUGGGUACGUGACUGGCUGCGAUCGCUGCCCUCUAAAGUGAAUGUGCGGGGCUUCAUGUGCCAGGGUCCUGAUAAGGUCAAAGGCAUGGCGAUUAAAGACCUCACUACGGACAUGUUUGAGUGCUCAGAGUCGGAGUUAAUCGCCACGUACGAGACGAGCACAGUCUCCAACACUUUCCGCCCCUCGCAGCCGCAAUGGCCCUCCUAUGUGACUAAAAGACCUGUUGUAAAAGGGCCCGACUUUGGCAGGAAUUACCACAGCACUACUACGACUUCAGGCAGAAAGAUCAUCACCAUCAGUGUGAAGUCGAGCAGCGCUGAUACAAUACACAUAUCAUGGAGGGUGUCACAGCCAAUGACUGCCCUGCGGCUCAGCUGGCUUAAGCUGGGUCACAGCCCGGCCUUCGGCUCCAUCACUGAAACCAUCGUGCAGGGCGAGAGGACGGAGUACCUGCUCACUGCGCUGGAGCCAGAGUCUUCCUAUAGGAUAUGCAUGGUUCCAAUGGAGACCAGCAACAUUUAUCUAUCAGACGAGACCCCGGUUUGCAUAGAGACAGAGACUGGUUCUCACAAAUCAUACAACCCGACUACAACUUUAAACAGAGAGCAGGAGAAAGAGCCUUACAAAAAUCCCAGUCUGCCUUUGGCUGCUAUUAUCGGAGGGGCCGUGGCUCUUUUGGCAAUAAUCAUGUUAGCUCUGGUGUGUUGGUACGUCCACAGGAAUGGUUCGCUUUUUUCCAGGAACUGCACCUACAACAAAGGCCGCCGGAGAAAGGAUGACUAUGCUGAAGCGGGCACUAAGAAGGACAACUCCAUCCUUGAAAUACGAGAGACUUCUUUUCAAAUGAUUCCUAUAAAUCACCUGCCUGUGACCAAGGAGGAGUUUGUCAUACACACAAUUUUCCCACCGAAUGGCCUGAGUUUAUACAAAAGCCCACACAGCGAGAACAAUAUUAACAACAGGAGCUACAGAGACAGUGGAAUACCAGAUUCAGACCAUUCCCAUUCAUGAUAUUGCGCAUGGCCAUUCAUAGAAAGUGUGCGACUUGAACCGAGUGGCAAGACUUUUCCAAAACACUGGAUCUAUAAGACUAAGGAAGCAAUGUUCUGUACAUUUGCCAUAUAAUUUAUAUUUAAGGACAUUUUAUGAAGACGGAGAACGUUCCAGCGUUGCAGGCCAUCACUGAACCAUCAGUGGGUAUUGUGACUAUAACUGCAAUUCUAUAUUUUAGGGAUUUGUAGUAAUUUGUACUGUAUUUCCUUUGCUUAAGGUUAUCGACCAACUAAAAGAAACUCUGUGUUACACUGAGAUAUGAUGACUUGUCAACUGUGAAAGUGGGUUUUCAUUGCUGUGUUGAACAAUCAGACCUUAGAAAACCUUGUAGUAUAAGCACAGGUCAUUCUUUUAACUUUGUGGCUGUCUGAAAAACAAAAAGGCAAAAAAAUUACAAGGCACAGCUGAUCAAUUAACUCUCAAAGCAGGCAUGUUGCCCUCUAAAACAUCGAGCAGUCAGUAGCUGCUUCCACGUACAUCGGACCAAGAGUAUUUCUCUCACCAGGGAUUGUUGCGAGCAACUAAAGAUGAGGUGCCAUGCUUUAUUUCUCUGCUUUGUUCAGUGUGUGAUUUUCUUUUUCUUUCUGUUUGCAAAAAGAAGAAACACAGCAACGCGGCCCGAGCAGGGUUCCUGUGUUUCUGUUAGGAUUGUAGGCCACAGCACAGGGCAGAUAAAGCACACCGACCUUAAGGAGCUCCUCAGAACAAGUAGACUGGACAGGCUGACACAGAGGACCCCCCACUAUCUCUAUUUGUACAAGCCAACAAUGGCCGAGCGACAAUGGCGGCAUUCUUUAGUACCAUGUACCAUACGUCAUCUAGUCACCAGGCCAAAAAGACUAAACAUGUUGGCUCUCAUUAGACUUACCACAGUGGCAGCGACUCCUUGUUAUAAGUAUUAUUUUGUAUUAUUUUCCAAGUGAACACACUUUUAUGUUUCCACGAUUUGAAGUUCUUAACAAUUGAAAACCAAAGUGCAUUGUAUGCCCUUUGGCCAGUCUUGUAUGUGCCUUGAUCCAAUGCUUAUUGUAUUUAGCUUUUUAAGAAACCAGUGACUUUUUUUCAUACACACUUGAAUAUGAAAAUAUUGGUCAUAUUACAGAAUAAAAGUGGAGAAAAAUCA